AAACUACUAGCAAUGCUCGUAGUUGCUUAACCAAUAUACUGUACUGAGGAAAUAGUGAUAAAAGAUUUAAAGAUUUUAAUUACUAAUGUUACAAUCGAAAAAAAUUCGAUUUAUACCAUCUUUUCACAAAAAGAUUGUGUGCCAAAAAUUAUAAAAAACGGAGGCGCCACGGCCACAGGGGACCGGUUGAUUCUUCUCAUAAAAUUUCAAUGUGUUCUGGAAAUGGUUUGCAAAGAGGACGUGGUAUCAUGGUUUAAAGAAUUGGAAAGCUAUAAACGUAUAGAUGCAAUGUGUACAUUACUAAAUAUGUGCUUGCCAUUCGAACUACGUUUCAUUGGGACAUACUUGGAAGAACUCGGAAAACGAGACUUUCAGGAGUUGCGUGGUGCAGAACUUAGAGCCAAUAAUCCCACAGAUCUUGCCGCAGAUAUUGGGGGAGCAGACACAGACUCUAGGACGCGGCGAAAAAUGGCUUUAUAUGUCUCUUUACUAAGAUCUUGUAACUUCGCUUGUGCUACCACAUUGUAUAAUGCUAUGGUAAAUUUAGAGCAAAGUGGCCUUCUGAAAGGCUUGUAUGGUGAUCUACUCGAGGAAAUUUUGCUCUUAUACACAAUGGCACUUCAUCAUCCAGCCUUUACAUUUGACCAAAAGUCACAUUUUGGUGACAUAUUAGAAAAAUUAAAGCUGGAAGAUCAGCGGAUACAGUAUCAAGAACAACAAGAACAUAUAAGUGUUGCACCAGUAAGCAGUUGCCAUACUCAGCCUAGUAUCACACCUAAUAUGUCUGUUCCACCACCUAACAUGACGAAUAUGGGGCCACCACCUGGGAUCAUGUUUGUAAAGACUUCUGGGGUUCAGGCCCCAAGUACAGAGGCAGUGCAAGAAAUAAACUCACCAACAGUGAUAACUAGUGGCGGAGGUCUGCCCAUGCUGUCUGAUGUACCUCACCCGCCACCUGGUUUACCCAUACCACAAUACAAUAUAGGAGAAUAUAUGGGACAGCAUACAUGGCCAGCGAAUAUUAUUGUAUCUCCACUGAAUCAACCUAUAGAGGUGUUAAAUUUCGGUGCGCCGGGUGCGCCGCCAUCGCCACUGGUGUCGUCGCCGGGCGACAGUCGCGCGGCGUCACCCCGCUCGCGGCGCCGCCUGUCGCGCGACCGUUCGCCGCCGCUGCCUACUGACCCGCCUAUAGCGCACCUCGCGGCCAAUUUCGAUACUUUGGCUGUGGGCGAGUUACGACACACAAUCGGCGAGGAGAGACUGCGCGAGAUCAGCGCGGUGCACCACCAGUACCGAUCGCUGGAGAAGCUGAACGGGGUGCGGCGGCGCGCCGGCGCGUACUGCCCGCCCGCGCGCUCCUCCUCCGACAGCGGCUCCAGCGCCGCGUCGUCGCCGCCCGGCACCCCUGCGCCCGCGCCCGCGCCCCGCCGCCCCGCGCCCUCUGCGCCCGCGCAGCCCGCCUCCGGCCCGCCGCCCGUGCCCUUCAUCCCGUACCCGCGCCCCUACCCGUACCCGACUCCGCCGCCCGCCUACCGCCCGCCGCCGCCGCCCUUCGCCAAUGGCGAGCCGCCGCCGUACCCCGCGCCCGCGCCCUACGCCGGUUUCGUGCCCGUGCUGUACGCGCCGCCCAAGCUCUCGUGCUGGAACUGCGGCGCCGCCGGACACGCGGGCCACGAGUGCAAGGAGCCCAGCAUGGAGGAGAUGACGCGCGCGGGCGGCUACCAGCUGGACUUCGGCGGCGCGCCCCCGCCCGAGGCCGCGGACAAGUAGGCGCGGCCCGCCGGGGCCCGCCGCGGGGCCGCAUCUCAUUUACGACGGACAGUUUCGAUCUUAGAUCGAACGUUCAAUAGUGACGUUAGUCGAUGCGCCUGAAGACUAACGCGUUCGGACGAUGAAUCGUUUCAUUUAUAUUUGUAAGUGAUUGCACUUUUGAUUGUUUUUAGGCCCAGUAAAUCGGUAUUAGAGUAAAUAAGAAUACUUUCGAAAAAGUACAAAGUUUAAACAUAUAUACCUAAUAUAGUUUUUUAAUCAAUAAUCAGUCCGUAGAAUUAAAAGUGCAGUUACAGAGUGAUUAUGACCAACCACAGAAUUGUUUGGGAAUUCCAUGUAAAAAAUCGGGUAUUAGAAGCGAUUGCUUAACCGGUGAAAUUAAUUAUUUAAAUAGUAGUAUCACAGUUGUGUUACAAUUUUUGUAAUUAUUAUUGGAAAGCUAAAUUUUUUGAAAAUAUUUAAAAUUUUUGAAGUGACAUUUUUUAUUAUAUUUAUGAAGUGCCAUAACAUAUUUCAUAACAAAAUUAUUUAGAAAAGAUAUCAUAGAAACAUAAACUCACGUCGUUUUAUAUUUAUAACGUUUUACGCACACAUUAAUCUAGUUUUUUUAAGUGUAUUUUAUAUUGAUUUUUAAAUUAGCUCAUAAUUAUCUGAAUAUUUGUCGAUUUUUUUAAUUAUGUUGGAAAAUAUAGUAUCCAAAAUUGUGCACAAUUUUUUUAAACUAGCAAUAAAUGGAAUUCCCGAAGUAUAUCUGCUUGUCUACUCAUAUCAACGUACGUAAUAAGUAAUAAGUAUGAGCACGUAAGUUCAAAUCUUUCGCUGGAGACCCUUCUAAACUAUUUAAUAUACAGUUCAAAACACCAAUAAUUGUGAUUACAUUGUUAUAGCAAAUUCAUUUCCUCUGACCCAAGACUGACUUUAUUAUUAUUGAUACGGAUUUAAGAAAUUGGAUCUACAAAAUCAGCAAUCGAAAUCAAAGGACUGUUUGUUCAAUAGAUUUGGAGGAAAAGCUUGUGCAAAGUGAUAUACUUAUGUCUUUCAUGACUGAACAUACAUGUGAGUAUGUGUGUAUUUGAAUCCGUUUGUGUAUUGAACAAUAGAAUACUUGAUCAAGCUCAUGGAAAUGCAAUGCUCUUAUAAAAUUAAUUUAAUUAGUGUUUAUAAAUAGUCAUUGUAAAUAAUUAUAAAUAUUUAAGAGGGAUGAAACGUACGGCGCGUUCGUACGCUGUAAAUAGUUCGGUUUAUACGUUAAGAUAUUGUUUAGAGUUUCGAUAUUUGUAAAUUACUUUGUAAUAGAGUGUCCCAUAUAGAGUUAUCCAUUGUUUAUCUAUGAUCACUGUCACAAAUCACAGUUCUGCAUUUCUAAUCUCCCCGUUGUUGCGAACAGUUCAAAUUGUAAGGGUUGUAAUUGUUUUCGUAUAAUGAUAUUUUUUUAAUCGAGUCAAACGAGUCACACGCAUAGGUGGGUGCGGGGUGGUUGUGGCCGAUUCGAUAGAAAGUGGUUUAUAUUUAUUACAAAGUAAUCGCCUGGCGUUUUAUUAAGUGUUUGGACCUACGUAUAGUUAUUUAGAUAUUGCAAAAGUAUCCCAAUGUAUAUUGCGUGCACAAUGAUUUUAAAAUACUGUACAUAAAAUAAUUUUGUAAAUCAAAAAAAAAAAGUAAUGAUUAAGAGUUCGGAACUUGGAUAAUGAUUUUUGCAAUUUUAACGAUUUAAGCUUAACCGCGAGGACUGUUAUUGUAUAAAAAAAAUUAUCACUCCUUAUGAAGGUUGUAUGUCCAGAUAACUAUUGUGUUAUUUAUAUCUUAACAAUAAUUCUAUUAUAAUAUUUAAAACCGUUUAAAGGUUAGAUAGAAAUAGCAAGGUUAACUUAAUAUUUUUAUCAUAAGUACUUCUGUAGUCGUGCAGUGGUUUUCACACUCGCCAAGUUAAAUAGCUUUUAGAAACUGCAUAUCAAUCGGAUCUCGCAUCUUUUAAUGCUUGUUACGAACAUACCACGUAUUAUAUGUCUUUGCUUCGGUUUCGAUGUUAUCACAAUUUAGUCCUCUCCGACCGUCUUUCAGGUCAAGUGGUUAGAACAAUUUGGCGCAAUAUAAAUACUCGUGUUGACUUUUACGGCAUGAUUAUCUACAUGUAUACUUAGUAAAUUCUACACAAGAAUCCUAAGAUUUCAUUCGGACGCUUGACUUUUAAAAGACUUGAAACUACAAUGUGACAGUCACAAAACAAUUUGUUCUUCAUAAAAGCGUAGUGCAAAAAAAAAAAUAAUAAUAAUACAACAGAGGCAGAAUUAGGUCUACCUCAUAACAUCCUACAGGACGCUAUGAUACUUGUUUAUGUUUAGCUCUAAAGCUGCAAUUGUAUAUUUAGUUUCUAUUUUUUAGCUAAGAUUCAGUUCAAGCAUUUGUGUCGUGAGAUAGAUUAAUAUUUGAGUUUCGUAUUUUUUCCAUUUAACAUGUGGAUUUUUAGAUGUAAUUUAUGUAGUAACUAAAAUAAAUGCUAAAGUAUGCAACUAAGAAUGUAUGUUCUGCUUAAAUUAUUGUUUUUUUCGUGUUUAUAAUUUUUUGGAAAAGGUAUCGUUUUGUGCUAUUAUAUUUGGACUAGUUCUUGUUUGUUGUUCAUUUCUUGAAUAUAGAUUAGCGUGGCUUUCGCCAGACUAUUUUUUUCAUGAAAUUUAUAACCAACGCUAAAUUUAAUGUGUCGAUUACAAUGUUAGAAGAAAAAAUAAGUUUGAUUUGCACAUAAUACAUUUGUUUGUUAAUAACCAAAGUAAUUAUUUGCAUUACUUUUUCUUAAUUUUGAGCGCUAUUGAUUAAUUCAAUGGUAAUGUUCGUGUUAAUAAAAUCUUUGAAUCCAGGGCGUAGUAUGACCUAAAUCAGCCUCUGAUCGAGCAAAAUAUCGGACGGUCUGGGAAGGCCUAAUAGAAUAUUUGAUUCAAUAUGGUGUGGUAUGUUAGCUGUAGGCAUUUUGAAUUCAAUUAGUUUGUCCUGUUUUUCUUAUGAAAAGUAUAAGUACAUUUAGUGUUAACAGCUAAUCCAUUGUUCACAUUGUAUAAUAAACGAGGACAAUUCAAAGCAACAGUUGCGAUGAUAUGCAGCUUUAUUUUGUACUAGUAGAAGUAUGAGAAUAUUUUUUUACUCUGUACAUGAUGUUAUAAAUGUGAUAAUUAAUUUUUGACAUAAUUAGAAAUUGUGAUUUAGUAAGGUGUGUAACUAGUUAAUAGUUUAUAAUAAAUACAAAAAGAACUCGCUUUACUAAAUAAAUUAUACUACUGCCCUGAAGCGAUGUAUUUAUAUCGUUGUUUUCCCAUUUUUAUAUUUGGGUACUUACUUAUAUGCUGUUGUACUUUCUACUAAUAAAAAAAGAUCAGCAUUUCAGGAAAAUGAGUGUUUCGGCCCAGUAUUUUAAGACCUCUGUAUCCCACCAAUGCUGUGAAUCGUUUGCUUCCUGAAAAAUAAACAACCAAAAUCUA